AAGCCAUUAUGACCAAUAACAGUCUUCCUGUUAUUCCUCUGCUCAUAGGCGGCAAGGAGACGACCUCAGUCCCGUCUAUUCAGUUUCCAGUUUAUUCCAACUUGCAACAAAAGAAUAUCUAUAUUAGCGAGUCAGCAAAUAUGGAAACGGCAAGGCUCGCAGCCGAUGCUGCUCUCGCGAGUUUCAAGACCUGGAAGAAAGUUCCUGCAGUUGAACGCCGCGAACUUCUUCAAAAUUACUCAAGGAUCCUUCGUGCUAAUGCAGAAGAGCUGAUUGCUGUUCAGAAGGAGGAGACAAGCGCACCGGAACUUUUAUGUCGCAAAAAUAUUGAACUUGCUACUGGCUUGAUUGAAGAAACUGCCGCUUGUGUCACUUCGUUGAAGGGAGCUAUUCCACCAACAACGUCCUCCUCUGUGCUAUCCCUGGCGUUCACAGUCCCUAUCGGGCCUGUGUUGGUAAUUGCGCCAUGGAACUCGCCUAUCGUCCUCGGGGCAAGGAAUAUUGCGACUGCGGUCGCCGCUGGAUGCACAGUCGUCUUUAAAGCAUCUGAAAACUGUCCUAAACUCCAUCAUCUUUUGGUUCGUUUCUUUGAGGAAGCAGGACUCCCGCGGGGAGUUAUCAAUGUCAUCCAGGCGACUCGAGAGAUGGCCAGUGAAGUGACAGAGGCAGUGAUUGCCCAUCCCGCUAUUCGUAAGGUCGAAUUUGUUGGAAGUGCCGCUGUUGGACGUAUUAUUGGGCAGCUGUGUUCGAAGUACCUCAAGCCCGUAUUUAUGGAGUUGGGAGGGAAGGGUCCUGCUAUUAUUCUCGAGGAUGCUGAUUUACCCGCUGCUGCGAAGCGGUGUGUUUUUGGAGCCUUCCUCCACCACGGCCAAAUUUGUUUCUCAACAGAGAGAAUUGUUGUUGUUGAGAAGGUUGCUAUGGAGUUCCAAAAGCUACUCAUCGCCGAAGCCGAGUCAUUUCCCGUCACUGACGGAGUUAGUCCUAGGAUCGUGAAUGCUUCCCAAGAAAAGCUUCUUGACGCCCAGAAGAAAGGCGCUAUUUUUCUUUGCGGUGGGCCAGAGAAAAUUUCUCCAUCAAAACUACGUCCAACAAUUAUCCAAGGCGUGACAAAAGAAAUGCACAUAUACAAUGAAGAAGCGUUUGGGCCAUCGGCAGCUUUAUUCAUUGCCCGUGACCCAGAACAUGCUAUAGAGAUAGCCAACGAUAGUCCCUACGGACUCAGUGCCGCUAUUCACACCAGUGAUUUUCAUAAGGCAUGGCUUAUGACGCAGGAGCUCGAUUUCGGACAGGUCCAUAUCAAUGGUAUGACUGUUCAUGAUGAACCAACGUUCCCGGUCGGUGGCGUGAAAGGAAGUGGGUGGGGUCGAAACAAUGCCCUUUGGGGACUACAAGAAUUUUGUGAGACGAAGUUGAUGACAUGGAGUGUUGAAGGGAACAAAUUCAUCUGA